ACACUUCUCAUCCAUGCAAGAACCCGAUCUCUCUCUUCCUUUCCUCUCUCUUUUUCUACUUUUUCUUUACCUAAACAAAGCUCUCACCAACUUCGAAAUCCUUCCUUGUAGGGCUUGGUGUGACAUACUAUAGUAGUCUCAGUGUGUGGGAUUCAGGUUAAUCAAGAAGAAGAGCCAAGUUUAUCUAGCUAACCAUGCCUAGAAGAUAUGCACUUGGGAGGGCAGAAGAGGCCACCAACCCUGACUCCAUGAGAGCUGCAUUAGCUGAAUUCGUCUCCACUCUUAUCUUCGUCUUCGCUGGUGAAGGCUCCGUCCUUGCUCUUGAUAAAUUGUAUAGGGAAACUGAACCUCCGGCUUCAGGACUGGUGAUGAUUGCGCUUGCACAUGCAUUGGCACUGUUUUCUGCUGUUUCAGCCAGCAUCAACAUAUCAGGUGGUCAUGUGAAUCCUGCUGUUACCUUUGGAGCUCUCGUUGGAGGAAGGAUCUCAGUCCUACGCGCUUUCUAUUACUGGGUUGCUCAGCUUCUUGGCGCUAUUGUCGCUUCUCUCUUGUUGAGGCUCGUCACUAAUGGCAUGAGACCAGUGGGAUUCUAUGUAGCAUCAGGGGUUGGAGAGGUGCAUGGCCUUAUAAUGGAAAUGGUAAUGACAUUUGGACUGGUUUACACCGUGUAUGCUACAGCCGUUGAUCCCAAAAGGGGAAGCUUGGGAAUCAUUGCCCCUCUAGCCAUCGGGUUCAUUGUUGGGGCCAACAUUUUAGUUGGGGGUCCUUUCGAUGGAGCAUCAAUGAACCCAGCAAGGGCAUUUGGGCCUGCCCUAGUUGGGUGGAGAUGGAGGAACCACUGGAUCUACUGGCUCGGUCCUUUCGUUGGAGGGGGCUUAGCGGCACUCAUAUACGAGUACACGGUGAUCCCAACAGAUCCAUUACCACAUCAUACUCAUCAUCAACCUUUGGCUCCUGAAGACUACUAGUUUAUUAAUUUACACGUCCAUGUGCUUUUGUGUUGGCCAACUAUUGUCUUCUCCUUGGUUGUCUCUAUACUUGUGUAUCUGUCUGUGAGACCGUCCCUUGAACCUUGUGUGUUGUGCGUCUUAUCAUGUGCUAGCAACUUUGUGUAUGAUGGUGCAAAUAAAAAGUACGCCUGACUCCGUUUUA